AUGGCAGAGAUCGAAUCCAAAUCCGCCACGCACGUCGGGACCGAGUCCAGAUCGGUCCCCGAAUACUCGCUCCCCGACUAUGCCACAACUGGCGAGGUCCCGCGCCCCGCCGGUUGGAUGUACAAGACCAUCGGCUUCGGCAAGUUGAAUCUGGGCUGGUACGCCUCGCCCAAGUUCCAGCUGGGCAUGGUCGCCUUUGUCUGUUUCCUGUGUCCUGGCAUGUUCAAUGCCCUCAGCGGUCUUGGUGGAGGUGGUAAGUCGGACGCCACAUUGGCCGAUGAUAUGAACACUGCGCUCUACAGUACUUUCGCCGUGAUCGGUUUCUUCGCGGGUACCUUCGUCAACCGGGUCGGUGUGCGUGCCGCCCUGGCCUUUGGUGGCACCGGUUACUGCCUGUACUCGAUUAGUCUACUCGUCUCCGUCCACAAAUAUGUCCCUGGCUUCAACAUCUUCGCCGGUGCCUACCUCGGUGUCUGCGCUGGUCUAUUGUGGGCCGCGCAGGGUACCAUCAUGAUGUCCUACCCGCCUGAGCAGUCCAAGGGUCGCUACUUUGCCUGGUUCUGGGGUAUCUUCAACGUCGGCGCCUGUAUUGGCAGUCUGAUUCCCCUUGGUCAGAAUAUCAACGUGAAGACCAACACCACUGUCACCGAUGGCACCUACAUCGCCUUCAUUGUCCUCAUGUUCUUCGGCGCCUGUCUGGCCCUUUUCAUCUGCGAUGCCGACAAGAUUGUUCGCAGGGACGGCUCCCGUGUCAUUCUCAUGAAGAGCCCCAGCUGGAAGACCGAGAUUGUGGGUCUCUGGGAAACCAUUCAGGCCGAGCCCUAUAUUAUUCUGCUGUUCCCCAUGUUCUGGUCCUCCAACUGGUUCUACACCUAUCAGCAGAACGGUAUCAACGGCGCUUACUUUAACACCCGCACCAAGUCCCUGAACGGAUUCCUCUAUUGGUUCGCCCAGAUCGUUGCUGCCGUGAUCAUUGGCCCUCUUCUGGAUGUCGACGGUGUGCGUCGCAGCCUACGCGCCAAGAUUGCUUUUGUUGUUCUGUUCACCUUGACUAUGGUCAUUUGGGGCGGUGGUUAUGCCUGGCAGAAACACUAUACCCGCGAAUCUGUUGGUACAGAUGCCAUCAAGGCGGGCACCUUCACUCCGUGGGAUUGGACCACCUCUGGCUACCUGGGCCCGAUGUUUUUGUACUUCUUCUACGGCCUGUACGAUGCUGUCUGGCAAGGCACUGUUUACUGGUUCAUGGGCGCGCUUGGUAACUCCGGUCGCCGUCUGGCUAACUUGGCCGGUUUCUACAAGGGUCUGCAGUCCGCUGGCUCCGCCGUCAUGUGGUCUCUGGAUUCUAAGAAGACUCCUUUCAUGAACGAGCUCGCCUCCAACUGGGGCAUCCUGGCCGGCUCCCUCAUCUUCGCCCUUCCCGUCGUCUUCAUGCGUAUCAAGGACACCGUUCCCGUCGAGGAAGACCUCAAGGGCACCGGCGAGACCAUCGAGGACAUCCUGCCCCCUGGCACCAUCGAGACCAAGCGUCAGGGCGCCGAGAACAUCUAA